CCUUCACACUUUAACGGGAAAUAAGUUGAACAGGCUUUGGUUAAUCUUCAUCACCAAAAGCAUCCACCAUGCUGUGUGCUUGCUCUGGAGAGCGUGAACGCAUCCAUUUUGAUGAGGUUCCUCAAUCGCCAGAGUCUCUAGCCACCAGGGAUUUCUCUGCCGACGGCCUUUCUUCAAGGAAUGGAGAUUGGGAAGCAAAGGUUGACAUUGGUCAACAGAUUGAUGAUGUAGAAUCAGCUUUGAGAGAGGGUCUUUCGUUAAAUUACGAGGAAGCAAGGGCUUUGUUAGGUCGUUUGGAAUAUCAGAAGGGAAACUUUGACGCAGCCCUGCAAGUGUUUCAAGGGAUUGAUGUACCAGCUUUGCGGCCAAGAAUGGUUAAGGCUAUUGUGGAAAGAACUAGAUUAAGAAAAGUUCGUUCUAAAGUGGAAAUUUCGCCCACAAAUCUAAUGUCAUGGCAUUCAGUCAGUCUACUUUUGGAGGCAGUGUUUCUUAAAUCAAAAUCUCUAGAAGAACUUGGACGUUUAGAAGAUGCUGCUGUCGAAUGCAAAACUAUUCUCGACAUAGUUGAAUCCGCGUGGAGUGACGGUGUGCCUAUUAGCAUUGGAUCUGAGUGCAAGUUAAAAGAGAUAUUCCACAAAGCCCUUGAUUUACUACCCAGACUCUGGCAACAGGCUGGUCUUCUCGAUGAAGCAGUUGCCGCCUAUCGCCGAGCUCUAACCAAGCCUUGGGAUUUAGGUCCUCAAAGAUGUGCUAGCCUUCAAAAAGAUUUGGCCAUCACUCUACUCUAUGGAGGAAGCGAAGUAACCCUCCCUGCCCAUUUUCAACAACACUAUGGAUCUCGAUCCCCUGAUAAUAAUAUUGAGGAAGCAAUUCUCUUACUAAUCAUUCUCAUCGGAAAGGCAGCUUCUCAGGAAAUAAGUUGGGAUCCUGAAGUCAUGGAUCAUCUUACUUUUGUGCUAUCUUUUUCAGGGCAGCUUGAAUCUUUGGCUGGCUAUGUUGAAAACAUGCUUCCUGGCAUGCAUAGCCGACGCGAAAGAUGGUAUUUUCUUUCACUCUGUUACAGUGCUGCUGGUCUGAACGAUACAGCGCUAAACAUUCUACGGAAGGCUCUAGGCCAAUCAGAAAAAAAGAAGAAAGAUUAUUUUCUUUCCCUUGUUUUAGGCGCGAAGCUGUGUCUUAGAAAUCCUGCUCAUGCUGAAGAAGGUCUCGGCUUUGCCCUAAGGGCAAUCAAAUGUUCUCUUGAACAACAAAAGCAUCAUCUUAUCGGAGUUGCCAAUCAUUUGGUUGGUUCUUGUUAUAGACGAUGCGCUAAAUCCUCGAAAUCCGAUUCCGAAAGGUUGAAGUUAGAGCGAGAAUCUUUAAACUCGCUUCAGUUUGCGGCAACCAUUGAGAAAAAGGAUGCGGAGCUAAUUUACAGCAUUGCUUUAGAGCAUGCAAUGCAGAGGAAUCAUGGCUUGGCCAGAGAUUAUGCAAUUAGGUAUUUAGAUAUGACGGCUGGUUGUUCUGUGAGAGGGUGGACUCUCUUAGCUCUUGUGGUAUCAGCUGAGCAAAAUCUGAAAGAGGCAGAAACAAUAGUUGAUCUCUCCAUUGAUGAAUCAGGGAAAGUGGAGCAGAUGGAGUUAUUAAGGCUGAAAGCUUUCGUUCAGGUUGCUCAGGAAGAUCUCAAGGGUGCAGUAGAAACAUAUAGGUUUCUACUUGCCUUGAUUCAAGCGAGGGGAGAAAAUCAAUCAUGGCGUGCCAACAUUGAGACUGAAGCGGAGCGGCGACUUGAAAGGGAAACUUGGUUGGACUUAGCAAUGGUCUAUACCAAGCUUGGACUAUGGUCUGAUUCUAAUAUUUGUUUGAAUAAAGCUAAAUCACUCGGACAUUUUUAUCCAAGAAUCUGGCAUGCAACAGGUAAUCUGUUUGCAGCUCAAUCAUUGCAUAAGGAUGCUUUAGCCGCCUUCUCAAUGUCUCUCUCGAUAGAGUCAGACUAUGUCCCAAGCAUGGUGUCUGCGGCGGCAGUUCUGAGGAAACUCGGCGAUCGAUCUUUGCCGAUCGCUCGGAGUUUCUUGAUGAAUGCUCUUCAAGUCGAUCCAACCAGUCAUGAUGCAUGGCUGAAUUUGGGGUUUGUAGCAAAAAGUGAGGGAUCGCUGCAGAAGGCUUCAGACUGUUUUCAGGCGGCUUAUGAACUCAGGAUGACUUCUCCAGUCAUGAAUUUUAUGUGAGUUCGAUUUCAUUCUUUUCUAGUGAAGGGAAAAGUUUGGAGUUCUUGCAAUUCUUUCAUAAAUGUGUUAAAUAUGUGUAUAUGAUGAGUCAAAUUGCAGGGAUUUUGGUUAGAAAUGAUCCAUAUGGUUGGAAGCAGCUUGAGAUUAGUGAAUGCGAACAUGGAGUCUAAUUUAUUUUUUUC